GCGCUGCCCCCGGCGAGCCGCUCAGGCGGGGGUGGGGUAAGCUCCCGCGGCCGGUCGCUUUUCUCCGCCGCCGCUGGUUGGAUCGUUUCAAUAAAAGUGUUUUUUCUCUUGCACUCGCUCUCCUCCGGGGAACAGGCGGAGGCGUCAAUCCGCAGCCGCCGAGUGUGAAAGCGACGCACACGCAAGGAGCGAACGCGGCCGCCCGCAGUCUCCUGAGCUCCUCGCGGGCCGCCGCAGAGCCGCGGAAAAGAAGGAGCCAGCGCCCGGCCAGACAGUCUCGGCCAGACAGUCUCAGCCCGCCGUCGGCGCCCGCCGCGCUCGCGCCCGGCUGCUCCGAGGGGAUUAGUGGGCCGUCCGCGCGGCUCGUCGGCGCGGGAGCCAUGUUGACCGAGGGACUUGGCAACGCGUGAGACACCCGCGGCCCCUCCCGAGGCUCCGGACCCGCGGCGAGAGCCGGAAGGCGGCUGUGGCGGCGGAGGCCUGCGCUCGGAAGCGCCUCACGUCUGCCGGCCGCUGAGACCCGGACCUGCAUCCGGUCGCCGCGGGCGUCCGCGGAGCAGCUUCCCCCCGCGCCUCUCUUCGCCUCGCCUCGGGACCCGCGGUCCCCGCUCUUGCUGGAUUUUUCAAGCCACAUUCAAUUGAUAGGAUGAAAAAGUUUAAGAGAAGGCUAUCCCUCACACUCCGAGGAAGCCAGACUAUUGAUGAAUCAUUGUCUGAAUUGGCUGAACAAAUGACUAUUGAAGAAAACAGCAGCAAGGAUAAUGAGCCUAUUGUGAAGAAUGGCAGGCCUCCAACGUCUCACAGUAUGCAUUCCUUCCUCCACCAGUACACAGGAUCUUUCAAGAAGCCCCCAUUGCGGAGACCACACAGUGUUAUUGGAGGGAGCCUUGGCUCCUUCAUGGCAAUGCCCAGAAAUGGAAGCAGAUUAGAUAUUGUUCAUGAAAAUCUAAAAAUGGGAUCAGAUGGUGAGAGUGACCAAGCUUCUGGGACAUCAUCUGAUGAAGUCCAGUCACCUACAGGUGUUUGUCUCAGAAAUCGUAUACAUAGACGGAUCUCAAUGGAGGAUUUAAAUAAGCGGUUAUCACUGCCUGCAGACAUCAGAAUACCUGAUGGAUAUCUUGAAAAGUUGCAGAUAAACAGUCCACCAUUUGACCAACCAAUGAGUCGAAGGUCUCGUAGAGCUUCCUUAUCAGAAAUUGGCUUUGGAAAAAUGGAAACCUACAUCAAAUUGGAAAAGCUUGGAGAGGGUACAUAUGCAACAGUAUAUAAAGGAAGAAGUAAAUUGACAGAGAAUUUGGUGGCAUUAAAAGAGAUCCGAUUGGAACAUGAAGAAGGUGCACCCUGCACAGCUAUAAGAGAAGUUUCACUAUUAAAGGAUUUAAAACAUGCAAAUAUAGUAACCUUACAUGACAUUGUUCACACAGAUAAAUCCUUGACUUUGGUGUUUGAGUAUCUGGAUAAAGACCUGAAACAGUACAUGGAUGACUGUGGAAACAUCAUGAGUAUGCACAACGUAAAGCUGUUUCUGUACCAAAUUCUACGUGGUUUGGCAUAUUGCCAUAGAAGAAAGGUAUUGCAUCGAGAUUUGAAACCACAGAACCUCCUCAUUAAUGAAAAAGGAGAAUUAAAGCUAGCAGAUUUUGGACUAGCCCGAGCCAAGUCGGUUCCCACAAAGACCUACUCAAAUGAAGUUGUCACACUAUGGUACCGGCCACCUGAUGUGCUUCUUGGUUCCUCGGAGUACUCAACACAGAUUGACAUGUGGGGUGUUGGUUGCAUUUUCUUUGAAAUGGCUUCUGGAAGACCUUUAUUUCCAGGAUCAACUGUGGAAGAUGAACUGCACUUAAUUUUCCGACUGCUAGGAACUCCAUCUCAGGAAACUUGGCCAGGUAUUUCUUCAAAUGAGGAGUUCAAGAACUACAACUUUCCAAAAUAUAAACCACAGCCUCUAAUUAACCACGCACCCAGGUUAGACUCUGAAGGAAUUGAGUUGAUAACAAAAUUUCUUCAGUAUGAAUCUAAGAAAAGGGUUUCAGCUGAAGAGGCCAUGAAACAUGUGUACUUUCGAAGUCUGGGACCAAGAAUACAUGCUUUACCAGAAAGUGUAUCAAUAUUCAGUUUGAAAGAGAUUCAGUUGCAAAAGGACCCGGGUUUUCGAAAUUCUUCUUAUCCAGAGACAGGACAUGGGAAGAACAGAAGACAGAGCAUGCUCUUUUAAGUCUGAUAACAUGGUUUCAAGCCCAGCCCCCAGCCUUUCUUACCAAUCAAGGACUCAGAACUGAAGGCAAUUAUUUCUUUUGGUGGACUUGGAAUCUCCGUUUGUCUACACUGUCCUCUUCACAGUGGAGUCUUUUUAUUUCAGACCUACAGAUUGUUUUUAUAUUUGUUGUCACAGUGUGACAAUUUUUUGUACAGUCGGUUUUAAGGUCUUCUCUGCCAUUAGAGCCAGUAGGUUACAGCUAUUGAUGUAACUGUAGCUGCAAUUUUUGUGCAGGACUGAGAGAAACACAGUGCAUUAUUUAUUGCGGAAUCAUUGCUGCUAAAUAACUACUGUCUGUUUAUUUAACACAACAAUUGAAUGCCUGAAGAAGUUGCAGUGGCUUUAUUAUAUGUGAAUGCAUCUGUUUCUCCUCACGAAUUGUUUUACUGCUGCAUUUUUUGUUUUUAAAAUUAAACUGCAGUGUUUCCUGGAAUGUAAAUUUAGCUUUGCUUAAUAGUAAAAUAAGUGAGCCAUCUUGAACACUUUAAGUUUAUACUGUAUAAUUUCUUAAUGAACAUUGGCAAAUAGAGUAGCUAAGAGAUUGACAAGCACAUUAUGUUUAGAUAAGCAUGUGAUGCAGAAGUUGAUUCAAGCAAGUGAAUCCCUGACAUUUUGAGGAUCUCACAUUAGACACCAACAAAUUAAAGCUCCAAAAUUAUUUGUUUUUUACGUGUUCCUCACUUUAGAAACGUCUACUGCAUAUUACUGGAUAUUUGUAUACUAAUACACUUACCUAUUUUACAUUGUGUUUUAAAUUUAGUUAAAACUUAACCAUAGAAGUCUGUUCAAACGCGAAAGGUCUUGCUUUGUUUGUUUUAAAUACAUUUAUUUUAUUAGAAAGGAUGAUACUUCAUUGGGGAACAGUUUCUUUCAUUUGGGGGCUAUGUGUUUCAAUAACAUUCACUUGGAAUCAGCUGAAAGCUGUAAUAUGUCUUUGAAAUGAGCCAUGAUAAAUUACAAACAAGAGAAAUGAGAACUUACAGGAUUGCUUGAAAUUAUUGUGGGUAUUAUCUGUUUACCAGAGAUACUAAAUAUUAGUUUUAAUUAUGCAUCUCUUUGAACAUCAUAAACACACUUUGGUGUUGGUAACAGUAUUUUAAGCAUUUUUGUUCACUUUUAAGGACUAUUUGUUUAGUGCAUCUUACAAACUAUAAAUCUUAAUUGGUAUAUUUUGAAAUGGUCGUGUAAAUUUUUGCCUUAUAUAUCAUGAAAAUAGUCAUAACUUAAUUUCUUUUCCUGAAAUUCACUGUAAAACAUUCAGGGGUCCUACCAUUUCUGUUCAGGAAAUCUUGUAGUUUAUUGUUGUUAUUUAACAGUAUUAAGUGGAUUUUUGUAUAUUUCAUUUUAACUUUAUUUGUGAAUAGUGAUUGUGGCAUGUUUGGGGUGUUAUUUUAAUAUUUCACGAUACUGAAAUUUUAAUUUUAAAAAAAAUUCUGGAAGAAACAGAUUCAUGUGUAAUGGUGAAUAUUGGACCACUACUGCUUUUCACAUUUGUAAAUUGGUUUUAUGUUAAACCUUGUAGCCUAACAAACUGCUGUUCUUUCUAACUGACAGACAUGUAUUAAUAUUGUACUUUGAAGGUUAUAAAUAUGUGGAAAUUCCUUCAUUUUGUUUUGAAAUUUAUAAUAACAAAAUCUCCAUGUUGUUAAAA